AUGCUGUCCCAACGAUUUGCCCGGAUCUCGACGAUCCGCGGCGCUGCCCAGGCCGCCCGACGAACUCCCAUUGUCCAGCAGCGAACCUUCUUCCCGCCUCAGAUGAACGACCGCAAGGUCCUUGAGGAGAAGUACCCCGACUACCCGACUCUCUCCGACGCAGAGGACCCCGGCAUGAACGGCGGCUACAUCAACCCUCCCUUCAUCAAGAGACAAUUCCGUGACCCCCAUGCCAACUGGUGGGACAAGCAGGAACGCCGCAACUUUGGCGAGCCCGUCCACGAGGAUCACGACCUGCUGGGUAUGUUCUCGCCCUACGAGUACACCUGGACCACCACCGGCAAGGGCCUGCUCCAGAUUGGAGCUUUUAUCGUGGCUUUCCUCGGCGUCUGCGGUGUCGUUGCCGCCAGCUACCCCGACAAGCCCUCAUACCCCAGAGAAUUUCCUGAUGGGCUUGAGAGAGAGCUGGGAGGUGCCAGCGCUGUGCGAGCGAGAAAGGCUGGCGAUGCCGACCCAUGA